CGCCAUCUUUGUGUACAAAUAGUUUUCAUAAUCUGUACUGUAGUUUUACUAACUUCUGAUUUCCUAUUUAUUUGACCUAUUCACUUUCUUACACAAAUUUCAUAAUUUUGAAAUCUGCAAAUAAGAGAGUCUCUUCCAAUGGCGGACGCAGACAAAUUGAAUGUAGACAGCAUUAUAGAGCGACUAUUAGAAGUGAGAGGAACGCGUCCAGGAAAGAAUGUUCAGCUGUCAGAGGGUGAGAUUCGAGGACUCUGUCUGAAGUCCAGGGAAAUAUUUCUUAGUCAACCUAUUCUGCUAGAGCUGGAAGCACCAUUAAAAAUAUGCGGCGACAUCCAUGGCCAGUACUAUGAUCUCCUGCGGCUCUUUGAAUAUGGCGGAUUUCCACCGGAGAGCAAUUAUCUGUUCCUCGGCGACUACGUGGAUCGAGGGAAGCAGUCACUGGAGACCAUCUGUCUGCUAUUGGCAUACAAAAUCAAAUACCCGGAGAAUUUCUUCCUGCUCAGAGGGAAUCAUGAGUGUGCGAGCAUCAAUAGGAUAUACGGGUUUUACGAUGAAUGCAAGAGACGCUACAACAUAAGAUUGUGGAAGACAUUUACGGACUGCUUCAACUGUUUACCAGUAUCAGCUAUUGUGGACGAAAAGAUUUUCUGCUGCCAUGGAGGCUUGAGUCCGGACCUGCAGUCGAUGGAGCAGAUUCGGCGGAUCAUGCGGCCGACGGACGUGCCGGACCAGGGCCUGCUCUGCGACCUGCUCUGGUCCGAUCCCGACAAGGAGGUGAUGGGCUGGGGAGAGAACGAUCGCGGUGUGUCUUUCACGUUCGGCCCGGAGGUUGUCGCCAAGUUUCUGCACAAGCACGACCUGGAUCUGAUAUGCAGAGCGCAUCAGGUGGUGGAAGAUGGCUAUGAGUUCUUUGCCAAGAGGCAGCUAGUUACGCUCUUCUCAGCUCCCAACUACUGCGGGGAGUUUGACAAUGCGGGUGCCAUGAUGACCGUCGACGACACACUCAUGUGCUCAUUUCAGAUUCUGAAGCCUGCUGAUAAGAAGAAAUUCCCGUAUGGCGGUCUGAACUCAGGACGACCUGUGACGCCACCUCGUGGUGGUGCCCAGCAGAAAGGAAAAAAUAAAUAGCAGCUUGCUUUUGCACGGGAGCAGGUGACACGGGUGUGAGUGGGGCGAAAAGCCAGUUAGUCCACUCUCGUUAUAGAGCCUAAUCGAGUUGAACCGGCUGAGAAAGCAGCGGUUCUGUACAACCACAACCACAUCAUAGCAGGGCUGAUUGGCUCCAGUAGCACUACAGUGGACAGUCAGUGUGACUGACAGUCAAAUCGGUCGUCAUUAGUCCGAGUAUUGAAUUCCACUACCAUAUACGCACAUUUAAUCUGGCACAUUGUAUGUUCUUAUACGUUUGAAGUUGACAACAGAUUGGUCUAUUGGUAAUUCACACGUCAACGUUGUCAAGCAUCUGUAUGAAUGAAGUUUUCAUCGUAACUCUAGAUCUACCAUCGGUGAACCCACGUUAAGUUGAGGCAUGAUAUAUCACAAGUGAGUUCAAAGUUGUGGAGAUGUGAUACAUGUUAAUGCUGAACUGUCUUCUACUGCACCCUGUGAACAUAGAGCUUCAUGCUAAAUCGAGUUAUACGUGGUCGAAUACGGCAUGUUAGCAUCACUAUGGCACAUAUACCGAUAGUUUGUUUGGUUUGGAGGAGCAUUUUAUCAGUAUGCUUUCGCCUGCAUGCAGUAAAGUUUAUGAAUUCUUGUAUAGUAGUAUUUAUGCAUAAAUGCCCAUAGCCAUAAGAAAGUGUUGUAAUUAUGGGAAGAAAAAUGUACAAAAACCACGUGUUUUGUCCAGUGAUGUUAUAGCUGUAUAGAGGGCAUAUAUCGAUUUAUUUGGGCAUAAUGGCUACAAUCCUAGAACUAAGUCUGUUACAUUACUGAGAGUACUAUGUGGAAGCAUUUUGUACACUCCGAACAGUCGUAUGUUUGCGCCGCACAAUCUAAAUUUCAGCUGUUCAGUUUCUUUGCUAUACAUAUUUGUUUUCAAGAUAUUUUUACAUCUCAGUAUUCAUUCUGCUUUCUGCAAGGCAUAUGUAGUUUGUUUUGCAACGUAUUUGUGGUCGUUGCUGAUUCUAGUGUUUGUAAUACGUGCGGAGCAGGAGUGUUACAUUGGAUUAUUAUGGUGUGACCAUGUCCAGGUUAGGUCUGGUAACCUAAUAAAUGCCACAUCCUUAAAGCCGCACAAUGCGCAUCCAAACGCUAAUUUCUUCAGUACUAGACUAGCAAAUACUUCGUGUCAUGCA